CCCUCCUGCGGACACGCGCGAGGCCGGGCGGCCUCUGGAAGAGUGGGGCCGCGCUCGUGCCCAAGGGAGCGGUGAGCCGGGGCCGGGAGGAGAGCAGGACCCAGCCACCGGAAGCGAGGACCCACAGCGUGCCCGGGGGCCUCUGUCCUCGCUUAGCGGGCUCGUCCUGGAGCGUGGCUGGAGGAGAGCGGAGGGUACCUGGAAGAGCGGAUUAGAGAAACGGAAAGCUAAAGCUGCUGCCUAGAGAUGGGGCGGAUGCGGGGGGACUCGCCGCGGAGGUGGGGCCCACAGACCCCGCUCCAGCGCAAGGUGCACAGAACAAACCUCAGAAGAACUUUAAACGUGCAGAGGUUAAAGAUCCAGAAGCAUGAAUUCCCAUCUCCCCUAUCCCUGCUGAUUAACUCUCAGCUCCGUGGAGCCUGCUCUAUCCCAAAACAGAGUCAAAGUGAUCUACAAGUUCAUGUAGUUUAUUUGAUUCUAACUGUUGCCCCGUCGCCCCUCCAUAAGCUUAAAUCAACUCAGAAGGAAAAGGUCCGCCAGUUCAUGGCCUGUACUCAGGCUGGUGAGAGAACUGCUGUCUACUGCCUAACACAGAAUGAGUGGAAACUAGACGAGGCCACAGACAGCUUCUUCCAGAAUCCAGACACAUACUACAGGGAAUCCAUGCGGAAUCCUGUGGACCAGAAGAAGCUGGAGCAGCUGUAUGGCAGGUACAAAGAUCCACAAGAUGAAAACAAAAUAGGAAUUGAUGGGAUUCAGCAGUUUUGUGAUGAUUUAAACCUAGAUCCUGCCAGUAUCAGCGUUCUGGUCAUAGCAUGGAAAUUCAGGGCUGCCACUCAGUGUGAAUUUAGCAAAAAGGAAUUUGUAGAUGGCAUGACAGAGCUUGGGUGUGAUAGCACAGAAAAGCUGAAGGCUCUUCUGCCCAGAUUGGAACAGGAGCUUAAGGACUCUGCAAAGUUUAAAGACUUUUAUCAGUUUACCUUUAGCUUUGCUAAGAACCCCGGGCAAAAGGGUUUAGAUUUGGAAAUGGCAGUUGCCUAUUGGAAAUUAGUACUGUCUGGAAGGUUUAAAUUUUUAGAUCUUUGGAACACGUUCCUGAUGGAACAUCACAAAAGAUCGAUUCCAAGGGACACUUGGAACCUUCUGCUAGAUUUUGGAAACAUGAUUGAUGAUGACAUGUCUAACUAUGAUGAAGAAGGAGCCUGGCCUGUCCUCAUAGAUGACUUUGUGGAGUAUGCACGGCCGGUAGUCACAGGCGGAAAACGCCGCCCUUUCUAGGAGGAAGACUCAGGUACAUGGAGUUUGGAAGACGAUUUGAGUCCUGCAGCAAGGGGUGGGUCAGUUGCUGUGUGUGUGUUGCUGCUUAGCAGCCUUCCUCGCCAGCCGCAGAACUGGAAUCUGUACUGCACUUCAAGGCCACGGUGGCCACUGCCACUCCAGGAGGAGCUCCUCGGGACAGCUGCUUGGGCAGGUGAAGGUGUGUCAUCAGCGCUGCCGCUUUAGGAGAUUUCCCAUGACCUAAGUUCACAAAGAGCAGCCAGUACCCUGCAGGACUGCAGGACUGCUGUUCGGCCCGUGAUGUGGGUGAACACCAGCAGCUACGCGCUGCCAAGUCACACCACAGCUCCACAUAAGAGCACGUGAGGGUCUUGGGCAGACCGGGGUGUUUCUAUACAUUAAGAGUUAUUAAGAAUGUGCCCUAAUGGGGGUAACCUUGCUUGUCUGUUGUUUUCUAAUCUUGGUGCCAGAAAUUCAAGAUUUAUAUUUUUGAACUAUCAGAUUAUCUAGAUGUACCAGAUCUAUUUUUGUUUUCGUGUUCUCUAGAGGUUUACCUGAAAAUCAUUUUGCACUUUGGAGACGCUAUUAGUUUGCACAGCAGUGACACAUCAAGUAUGAUUCCAGCAGAGUUUUAUUUUAAGCUGUUUACAGGCCAGUGAGCCUAUUUUACUUCUAAUGCUGUUAUUUGAGCUUCUUGAAAAGCUUCAUAUUUUUAAUAUAUUUUAUUAUAUUUUAAAAGACAUUUUUCCAUGAAAAAUAUUUCCUUUUGAGUGGUGAAUUACAGGUUUAAAAAUCAAAUGCACUAGUUCCCUUCACUUUUCUGUGGUACCUGCAGCUCCCUACAGCCUGCCCUUAGGACGCUAAGCACAGAGGAGGCAAGAAAGACAUGCUGUCAUCCAGAGCAGUACCAAGUCCUCUGUCUCCGGGCAUGCUGUGGCCUGUCUUGGCUUGAGUUAGCAUCUGCUGCCCGGUGUCCGGCCACCCAGUGGAGAUCCCAGUGCCGCCUGCUCUUCUGGUGUAGCACUUUGAGUGGCAUUGUGCAGGCUCUGCCUUGCGUUCGCCAAGACUGCAUCACAAGUGUGCCUUGCCACCCGCCUAUGACAGCCAUGGAGCAGAUAGGCUGGGCUUGUUCCAGGACAGGGUCUCUGGUGUCCUUCACCAGAAACAGCUCCUCAUAGCCUAGGAUUGUGUCCUGCCACAAGAUGAGCAAUCAGUGCUUCUGCAUAGUACCCUGCAGAGGACAGCAGGGGUGCAGGGCCAAGACGCUGUGUGUGCAGCCAUCUCUGCAUGACAGUCUGACCGGUGACGGGAGCAGGGCGAGUUAUGUGACCUUCCUCAGGUCUCUGGCCAUGUCUGUAAAAGGGAAAGCUGGGAAGAAGCACCUCCUUCACAACUCUGACUCGGAGAGUAUGUAUUUUAUAUAGCAAAAAUGUAGGAAACGUAGAAGCGGCUUUGCAGGUUCUUGACGUGUAAUCGUUCUGUUCAGAGAGGUUUAUAGAAUUCAAAUAACUAUAAAUUAUAGGGAUCAGCAAUACUUUUUAAGAUUUAAAAUUCUGUGGGGUUGUCAAUAGAUAAUCAAAUUAUUGGAAAAAGGCUGUUCAAAAAAUUAUUCUUUUUCUCUUUAGAGUUGUGCACACUGUGAAAAUGCUAAACUUCAGGAACAGAAAAAUAAAUUAUUUUCUGUGGUGUUGUGUCAUCUCAUCUGUUUUCAGUUGCACAGUACACACUGCUGCUUGUCAGGGCCCUACCCUCUGUCCUGGGCCAGCAGAAAAGCCCUCUUUGUGGCAACCAGAAGGCAAGCCCCUUGCCCACAUUGAGUCUGUGUCUGGCCCACCACCUGUUAGACUGGCCUGGUGACGCCUUCAGUAGCCGUCACAGUGCCUGCUGAAUGAGAAGUCGCAGAAUGGGAAUCGCAUUAGGAUGCACUGGCCAGCUGAGGGUCUGGAAUAGACAUCACCAUCCUCUUGGUCAUGCUAGAUGUUCCAGUGCAGUUCAGGACUCAGGCUCCAUGGGCAAGAGUAUGCUUUUGGCUCUGUUGCCAUGGCCACCAUUCCUAGUGGAAUGUUGGGACCAUAGAUGGU